ACAAAUAAAUUUACAUUCCGAUUGACAAGAAAGUUAAUAGUAAAAUCAAAAAAUACAAUAUUUACCCUCGAACACAAUAUUCGUAUAACACCCCACUUGGCAACAUUCCAUGCAACGCUGCCUAUUGACGAAUUUAGCGUUCACGCCGCUGUUUUCCUUUUAUCAUUUUUGGCAGACGCGAGUUGUCUGGUGGAAUUUUUUGAUAUAUUUACCGGCUUUUCUACAGAAAUUAAAUUGUGAAUUUUGUGCUAAAAUCGGGAAAAGAAACGAAUUUUGUGUGUGGCCAAUGCUUUGAGGAUUUAACGUAGUCUAUGGGAGUUGAAAUUUCACAAUUCUUAUUUGCGCAUUGUUUUUAAUACCUACCACUCAUUCUCUCAAACAAACGUGUUGGUUGCAGUUAGCGGACUAUAAGAUCAGCAGCUGCAGAAAUGUCUAGUUACGCUUUGGACAAAGAUACUUUUCUGCGCCGAAUUAAGAGAUUAUAUUCAGAAUGGCGGGAGUCUAGCAUUGCACAUGAUGAUACGUUAAAGAAAGUAGACUGCAUCAUGUGCGUCGUGGGUGUGGACGAGGACAUCGUCUACUCAAAGUCUCGGGCACUAGAGAUAUGGCUGCUGGGCUAUGAACUCACUGAUACCAUAUCGAUAUUUGCUAAAGAUGCAGUAUACUUUCUGGCCAGCAAGAAGAAAAUCGAAUUUCUUAAACAGAUCGAAAAUUGCAAAGAAGAGGGUGUACCCGAUAUAAAACUAUUGCUGCGCGAUAGAAACGAUAAAGAUAAAGUUAACUUUGAUAAAUUGAAAGAAGUGAUGAGAUCCUCCAACAAAGGCAAAACUUUAGGGGUUUUCGCUAAGGAUAUCUCAACCAGUGAGUUCUGCGAUUCAUGGAAGGCAUCUUUAAAGGGGGAAAGCUUCGAAAAUGUCGAUGUCGGAGCUGCACUAGCUUAUAUUAUGUGUCCGAAGGACGAGCCAGAGAUUAAUAAUAUACGAAAAGCAUCACUGGUGUCUGUAGAUAUUUUUAACAAAUACCUGAAAGAUGAAAUUAUGGAUAUUAUUGACUCUGAUAAGAAAAUAAAACAUUCUAAACUAUCGGAAGGCGUUGAAUCGGCGCUCACAGACAAAAAAUAUGUUUCCGGCGUUGACACUUCAGUUUUAGAAAUGUGCUACACCCCCAUCAUACAAUCUGGCGGUUCGUAUAGCUUAAAGUUUUCUGCACUCAGCGAUAAAAAUUAUCUGCAUUUUGGUGCUAUUGUUUGUUCGUUGGGCGCACGCUACAAAUUUUACUGUUCAAAUAUAUCGCGCACAUUUUUGGUGAAUCCCACCGACGUAAUGCAAGAAAAUUAUAAUUUUCUUGUUAACGUACAAGAGGAAAUUUUAAAAUUGCUAAAGCCUGGUGCAAAGUUGAAUGAAAUAUAUGACACCACCGUAGAAUAUAUUAAAAAGGAGAAACCCAAGUUACACGACAACUUUACCAAGACCUUCGGUUUUGCAAUGGGAAUAGAAUUUCGAGAGAAUUCAAUUGUUAUAGGCCCAAAAUGUACUGCUGAGGUGAAAAAGAAUAUGGUUUUCAAUGUGAAUGUGGGCAUAGCAAAUCUCGCUAAUUCAGAUGCAUCUGAAAAGGAAGGCAAAACUUACGCCCUUUUUGUUGGCGACACAGUGCUGGUUGGAGACACCUCUCCGGCCAGUAUAAUGACGCCUUCGAAAAAGAAAAUAAAAAAUGUUGGAAUUUUCAUCAAAGACGACAGCGAAGAAGAGGAUGGUGAUGAAAAGGAAGAGGUUAAGGAGGACAAGGGUUCGGAAAUAUUAGGUCGUAGCAAACGUAACGCUGUACUUGAAAAUAAAUUACGUACAGAAACUAACACUGAGGAAAAGCGCAAACAACAUCAAAAAGAAUUGGCGCACCUUUUGAAUGAGAAAGCUCGCGAACGCCUGGCAAAGCAGGGCGAGUCAAAGGAAGUCGAGAAGGUUCGAAAGAACACAGUCUCAUAUAAAUCCGUGAGCCAGAUGCCACGUGAACCCGAAGUGAAGGAGCUAAAAUUGUAUGUGGACAAAAAAUACGAGACCGUAAUUUUACCGAUAUUUGGCUUACCAGUACCCUUCCACAUUUCUACAAUCAAGAACAUCUCACAGUCUGUAGAGGGCGAGUACACAUACCUCCGAAUAAAUUUCUUUCACCCGGGCGCUACCAUGGGCCGCAAUGAAGGUGGUCUAUACCCGCAGCCCGAGGCAACAUUCCUCAAAGAAGUCACCUAUCGCUCUUCAAACGUGAAGGAACAUGGCGAAGUUACAGCUCCUUCAUCCAAUCUGAACAAUACUUUCCGGCUUAUCAAAGAAGUUCAGAAACGUUUUAAAACACGUGAGGCAGAAGAACGCGAGAAAGAAGAUCUUGUCAAGCAGGAUACACUCAUUUUGUCUCAAAAUAAGGGCAAUCCAAAGCUGAAGGAUUUGUAUAUACGCCCGAACAUAGUAACGAAGCGUAUGACUGGUAGUUUGGAGGCGCAUACAAAUGGUUUCCGUUACGUGUCAGUACGAGGCGAUAAAGUUGAUAUUCUCUACAACAACAUCAAGAGUGCAUUCUUUCAACCUUGCGAUGGUGAAAUGAUCAUUUUAUUGCACUUCCAUUUGAAACAUGCCAUUAUGUUUGGCAAAAAAAAGCAUGUCGACGUACAAUUCUACACAGAAGUCGGAGAGAUCACCACAGAUUUGGGUAAACACCAGCACAUGCACGAUCGCGAUGAUUUGGCAGCUGAACAGGCAGAACGUGAACUGCGUCAUAAACUAAAAACGGCAUUCAAGAGCUUCUGCGAGAAAGUGGAGUCGAUGACCAAGCAGUUAGUCGAAUUCGACACACCAUUCCGCGAAUUGGGUUUUCCAGGCGCACCAUUUCGCAGUACAGUCACAUUGCAACCGACUUCGGGCAGCUUGGUGAAUCUAACAGAAUGGCCGCCAUUUGUCAUAACGCUCGACGACGUGGAAUUGGUGCAUUUCGAGCGUGUACAAUUUCAUCUUCGUAACUUCGACAUGAUUUUCGUGUUUAAGGACUACCACAAAAAGGUAGCGAUGGUCAAUGCUAUACCAAUGAAUUUGCUGGAUCAUGUAAAAGAGUGGUUAAAUUCUUGUGAUAUUCGUUACUCGGAGGGCAUACAGUCUUUGAACUGGGUGAAGAUUAUGAAAACUAUAACCGAUGACCCGGAGGGUUUCUUUGAGCAAGGUGGAUGGACAUUCUUGGAUGCCGAUUCCGGCAGUGAAGAUGAAAAUGAGGAGGAGGAAUCGGAGGAGGACGAGGCGUAUGAGCCUACUGAUAUUGAAUCGGAUGAAGAGUCCGAAGAAGAUUCAGAAUACUCGGAGGCAUCUGAAGAUGAGAGCGAUGAUAGUGAAGAGCUUGGAACGGAUGAGGAGUCCGGCAAGGAUUGGUCAGAUUUAGAGCGAGAAGCUGCUGAAGAAGAUCGGAAUCAAGAGUAUACUGAUGACAAACCCAAUGGCAAGAGUUUUGAUUCUAAGAAACACUCCAAGAGUUCAAAGCACAGUCGCACAGAUCGUGAAUUGCAGCUCCGUCAAAGUAAAAAGAACAAAAACACUGCCUCAACCUCAAAUUCUUCACAUUCAAAAUCUGCCAAGCAUGCCAGAUCGAGCGGGCAUAGCUCCAAGGAUAAACAUCAUGAUCGCAGUCGUGACAAGCAUAAUUCCUCCUCGUCAUCGCACAAAGACAAGAGCAAAGAUAAGAGCAAUCAUCACAGCAGCAGUAGCCACAAGCGCUCGCGCGAUGAUAGUCGAGACCAUGGACACAAAUCAAAGAAGUCUCGCCACUAAAGUAUGCAUCCAAAAGCUCAGUAACAUCUACAAUUAAUUGCAUUACUCAAGCUGUUCACUACAUAAAUGCAGAUACAGGAUCACAAAGGAAAUGAUUGAAUCAAAUGAAAAUUACUGUUUGUUUAGAAUCUACUGUCCAUCCCUUUGCAUGUUUAUUUGUAUUUCAAAAAAAAAAAGAAACAAAAAAAAAAAACAGUUUUA